AUGACAGAGACGAAUAUUAAAACCAUCAUCGUUGGUGGAGGAUUUGCUGGGCUAUCAACUGCCAUUGAGCUGUCCAGGAAGAAUGUGAAUGUUGAGAUUUUUGAGAGGGUCCAGGAUUUGUCGACCGCUGGCGAUGUGAUUUUAAUGAGCGCAAACUGUACGAGAGUCAUGAGCCGGUGGGAUGACGUUCUCGAACAGGCUGUGAAGAUAUCCGGGCAACCUGAGCGAAUGACCAUGUGCACCCAGGAUGGCCGCAAGAUCCUUGAUCAGCCUCUCCCGGAAUCCUUCGAGGGCGCGCCUAACAUUUUUUCCAGUCGCGGCAGAAUUCAGCAGCUUAUGGUUGAGCAUGCUAAGAAGCUUGGAAUUCCGAUCCACCUAGGACAGCGGGUCGGCGACUACUUUGAAGAUGAGGAUUCUGCCGGUAUUGUGGCGAAUGGUGUCCGUCACAGUGCUGACUAUGUCAUCUGCUGUGACGGAAUUCAUAGCAAAGGCAGAGUCUAUGUUACUGGAAGCGAUGGACGUCCUAAGAGCAGUGGUUUUGCCGUCUACCGAUCCUGGUUCCCUUUGGAGCGCCUUGCGACCAAUCCUCUUACUAAGAAGUUUGUGGAUGCCGAUUCCGAUCAUUUCCAAGUGUGGAUUGGGGAGAAUAUCCACGCAAUUCUCAACAUUAAUGCUUCCUUAAAAAGUGCCGUCUGCUUUUGCACUCACGAAGAUACUUACACUCUGGAAGAGUCUUGGAGCUUUCCUGGAGAAAAGAGCGAGAUGUUGAAGGUGAUCGAGGAUUGGGAUGAGACAUUGAAGGCUGUUGUUCAAGCAAUCCCCCAAGAGGCUCUCAUUGACUGGAAGCUUCUGUGGAGGGAUCCUGUCAAGAGAUGGAUUAGCGAUGGGGGCCGCAUUGCUCUGGCGGGUGACUCUGCUCACCCUCACCUGGCCACCUCUGGCUCAGGCGCUGCCCAGGCCAUCGAAGAUGCUGCCACUAUCGCCACUGUAAUUUCGCGUGGCGGACGGGACAAUAUCCGAACUAGCCUCAAGAUUUAUGAGGCUUUGAGAUACAACCGUACGAGCUUGACCCAGCGUAUGGGAUGGGAGACCCGCCAUAGAUGGCACCAGACCGAUUGGGAGGCUGUCAAAAAAAACCCGGAAUUCUUGCGCAUGCCCCAACCAGGCUGGCUCUAUGGUCAUGACGCCGAAAAGUAUGCCGAGGAAAAAUAUGAAGAGGCAGCGUCUCAUAUUCUCAAGGGGACUCCAUUUGUUUCGACUAACCUCCCCGAGGGAUAUGUGCAUGAAGAAUGGACAGUGGAGGAGAUGAUGGCGAAGGAGAAUGAGUCUAAUGCGUCGUUUUACAAGGUCGACAAUAAGUAGAGAAUCAAGUAGAAUGGGGUGCAUUCUGAAUGGCUUUUGUCGAACAACUGCACCUCGAUAGGUUUCUAGUUAGUGCCAAAUUAGGGGUCGCAUUUCUUCUGCCA